AUGACAGACAUUGAAGAGAAUAUACUGUUUGAAUAUGACGACACCGACGAUGAUGAUCUUGUAUUACUUACUGAUAAUGACAGUUACGAUAUGAAUGGUUAUUAUAGUAGUGAACAUGAUGUUAAUGAUGAUGAUGAUGAUGAUGGUUCUUCUUCGUUUUCUUUAGAAACGGACGGAGAUGAAGAUGAGAUAUUUGAAGAUGGUGGCGAAGAUAUCGAACCCUCGACAACACCCAUGAGUAAGACCCUUUAUGACGCGCGUGUUGGGUUUAAUGGGACUUUAUAUCAUCCUUGGACAGUGGAACAUUAUGUUCGGGAUAAGUUUAUCGCUGCAUUAGGGAAGUUGAAAAAGGGACAACUACCUCAUUGUACUGAAGAUGAUUUAUUAAUUAUGUUACAAGCUAAAAAAUGGCAACCUGAUGAAGUUUUGAAUGAAUAUUUUGAUAAUCAUGAUCGAUUUUAUGAAACUUGUGGAUUACCAAUUGGAAAACCAAGUAAUAAUACAUUUGAAACUGUGAAAAACUUUGAUUGCUUUGUAUGCUGUGAAACAUAUCCUUCUACUACAGUUUAUUCAUUAACUUGUGAUCAUAAAUAUUGCAUUGAUUGUUAUUAUACAUAUAUUGAAAAUGAAAUAAGUAAUAGAGGUGGUCGACUAAUAACUUGUAUUACUCCAGAUUGUAAAUAUACAAUUCCUCAUAAAGAUAUAAGUCAUAUGCUUGCCAUUAUUGAAUCAAGAGAAAAUUAUAUUGUUGUCAACAAACCUUUACAAACGAAUUUGUUAUUACUAGCUCAUGCUAGACAACUAAUUGAAUAUGAAGGAAAGUUGAGAUGGUGUCCUGCACCAGAUUGUGGGAAUUUUGCAGAAUUAGCAAGUGAAAUCGAUCCAAAUAUUGACGAUGCUAAACAAUCAGUUGAUCUUUCCAUAGUUCCCAUUGUAAAUUGUGCUGAUAAUCAUGAGUUUUGUUUUAAUUGUAAUUUUGAAAACCAUUUACCUUGCCCAUGUUGGUUAGUUAAGAAAUGGAUUAAGAAAUGUCAAGAUGAUUCUGAAACUGCCCAUUGGAUAGAUGCCAAUACUCACGCAUGUCCUAAAUGUCAUACAUCAAUUGAAAAGAAUGGUGGAUGUAAUCAUAUGACAUGUAGGAGUUGUCAUCAUGAGUUUUGUUGGAUUUGUUCUGGUGAUUGGUCAGAACAUCUGAAUAAUUAUACAUGUAACAAAUUUAAAGGUGAACCAACUGAAGAAGAAAUUAGAAAGAAUAGAAGUAGAUUAACCUUAGAGAGAUAUUUGCAUUUUUAUAAACGGUAUUCAAUUCAUGAAAAUUCAAUGAAAGGGGAUAUGAGGACUUUACAAAAGAUUGAUCAAGUUACAAGAUUAUAUAUGGAAAAUAGAAGAAAAACAAGUGAAAAGAAUUUAUCAUGGAAUGAUAUUCAAUUUUUACCAGAUGCAAUGAGAGCUUUACAAAAUGGAAGGAAAACUUUGAAAUGGACUUAUUGUUUUGCAUUUUAUUUAUCAUCAACUAAUUUUUCAGAAAUAUUUGAAACUAAUCAAGAUUUUUUAAAUAAAUCAGUUGAAGAUUUGUCAGAAAUAUUUGAACAAAUUAUGGAUAAAAAGAAUGUUAAUAAGGUUGAUACUAUUUUAAAGAACAAAUUAAAAAUUAGAAAUCUUAGUGAAUUAGUUUCUGCUAGACAGAAAACUUUAAUCAGGUCUGCAGAAGAUAAUCUUAAACUGAAGUUAUUGAAGUUUGAAUUUUGA